CAUCUCUGUCAUGAUACUGUAUUGAUUUGGAAAAAUUGGUGGAAAAAAACUCGAAAAUAACUAGGUUGUUUGAAAUAAUAUAAAAAAUAAUAUCUAAAUGGGUUCUUUUCAAUGUGGACUUCCAGCCAUAGCACCUGUAACUGAAAAUAAAUUUUACCUAAAAUCCUUUAACUAUUGAAUUUAGUUAGUAGUGGUUUAGGUGGUGGCACAUUGGAGGAUGACGAGUAAAGUGUAUGUCGCAUUACGUUAUUUAUUUUGUGGUGUUUGUAUGCUGUUGGCUCUUAAUUUGUUAAUUGACUAUUUUGCUGAUAAAUCUAGUGUCUCAUCAUCGUUCAGUAGAUUGGGGUUACGCAAAACGUACAAGUACAAUGGCACCGUACUAAACCAAACAGCAGUAAAUAAUAAAGACAACAACCACAACAAUAAUAAUAAUUCCUUAUCAUCUGCUACAAGAGCAUCUUCCCUAGCCUAUGCUAAUAAUAAUGUAACCGCAAUUAAUUCAAAUGCUUCCAACAACAGUAAUAAUUUUAUGGAAAACAGCAACGGCAACAGCAGCAGCUUAAGCAAAGAAAUACUAAAUACAACCGCUUUAACACUUUGUCAGGAUCCUGUAAUUGAGGAGAGUAGUCCCUUUGUACCUAAUAUUACUUUAGAAUCUCUAGAUGUUGUUGAUGCCCAAUUGGGUCCUUUAUUGGAAACCGGCGGUGCUUUCAAACCAAAAGACUGUAUAGCCCAGCAUCAUGUCGCUAUUGUGGUGCCUUUUCGCGACCGAUACGCACAUCUUUCGAUCUUCCUGCGAAACAUACAUCCAUUUCUCAUGCAACAGCAUAUAGCCUACAGAAUUUUCAUUGUCGAACAAACGAAUGGCAAGCCUUUUAACAGAGCGGCUCUGAUGAAUAUUGGUUUCUUAGAAGCCAUGAAACUUUAUAAAUGGGACUGUUUUAUAUUCCACGAUGUUGAUUUAUUGCCGCUGGACAAUCGCAAUUUAUAUAAUUGUCCGCGUCAGCCACGACACAUGUCGGUGGCUAUUGAUAAAUUUAAUUAUAAGUUGCCUUAUCGAACAAUAUUUGGUGGUGUCUCCGCUAUGACCAGGGAACACUUUUUAACUGUUAAUGGAUUUUCAAAUUCAUAUUUUGGCUGGGGUGGUGAGGAUGAUGAUAUGUCGAAUAGAUUACGAAAUGCUAAUUUAUUUAUAGCACGCUAUCCCAUCAAUAUUGCACGUUAUAUGAUGCUAAAACAUCAAAAGGAAAAAGCCAAUCCCAAACGUUACGAGAAUUUAGUGAAUGGAAUUAAUAAAAUCGGCAAUGACGGCUUAAACUCCAUAAAAUAUGAUAUUUAUAGUUACAAAUCAUAUCCAACGUUCAGUUGGUAUUAUGCCGAGUUAAAAGUAUCCGAACAGAAAAGUUAAAUAUAACAAACAACGAAGACAACAACAAGCAUUCAUGAUAUACGAAAUUGAAAAGUUCUUCCCCUUUACUAAAUAAGUAUGUAUGUAUGUAAUACUUUCAUGCAGGAAAAGUAUUUAAGAAAAUUGGCAAUUAGUACAAAGUUAAAUUUACAAACAUUUGUUUUUGUAGGAACGAUAAUUAAUUUUAUUAGUAUUAACUUUCAAUUUCCAUAUCAUGUAUGUAGUAGGCUGGCAAGAAACAAACACAAUCUUCAACCGAACAUACAUAUUGUAUCGUAACUUAAGAAUCUACAGUCUUCUCGUUUUAUAUUUUGCAAACUUCCCCAAAUUAAUUUAUAUUUCCUGUUUUUUUUUUGUAGAUUUUUUCAUAGACUUUAAAAUAAAUAUAUAGUGAUAUAGUUAUUAGCUUGAUGAAGAGUAAAGUUAAAAGUAGCAGACAUUCUUUUUUAGAAUUUUAUUAUUAAUAUGUUAUACAUAUUUAGAGUAUUUAAACUAAAAGGAAAAAAAAUAACAUUUUGUUUUGCCACAUUUAUUUCAAAGAUAAAUCUUCCAAUUUUUACAUUCCAAUGAAUCUCUUGUUAGUAUGUUUUAUUUUUGUUAAAUUUUUUGUUUUAAUUUAUUAAUUUCUGGUAUACUACUCUAGUAUAACUAACUAACUAUACAUAAUUUGUAAUCUCAUUUAUGCUCUAUAUAGAAUCUCUUAUUUAUUUUGUUGAUAUUAGCCAUGUGAACAAAUAUAAAAAACGGAAAAUAAUUUCUACAUUUGAAAAUUUUAUUCUUUAUACAUUAACAACAACUCUUUCGAACUAUUUAAGAUAAAAUUUUUGUAUUAUAUGUAAGAAGUAAAAAAAGAAAAACAUUUUAUAUACAUACAUCAAAACAAAUUGCUUUAAUAAAAUUAUAUAACAAAAAAGAAAAUAAUUGGAAUCUAAUUAAAUUGUUUGUGAUACAAUAAUAUUGUUAAAAUAAAUCUCAAUAAAAAAUAACAAAAUUAGCAUACAAAUUAUUUGUAAAUUAUUAUUAUAAUUAAUUAUUAAAAAUCUAUUUAGUAACAAUUUCAAAAACUCAAUUGUAUAUACAAAAACUUUAUUCUUUUUUUUUCAAAAUAAAAUUUUCAAACUA